AUGAGUAUAAGGUUGUUAAAGGGGAAGGAGUGGGAAGCGGGGAAGACACUUCACCGCGUGCCACACCCUAAAACGAUUUCACGCACACACACAUCCGAUCCUCCCGCCAUCAUCGGUGAUUCCGCUUUGAUCGACACCCUUUCUCCUAAUUCCGAUCAAUCCAUUCUCCUGCCAUUAUCACUCCUUUCUCCUAAUUCCAAUCUACGAUCCUCUGUCGUCAUUGGUGAGGUUCUUUGUCUACCGACGUUGCUCAAAUGGCUAACGGAUGGAGGGACUUCAUCAUUUGCUUAUGCCAGAUGCACUCCAACCCGACCUGCUGCAGUCUACAAUCACACUUUGUACCAGGAUGCACCUAUAAUAAUGCGUGUGACGACAAUCAUGUGCUUGGCUUUGAGGAGCUGGUUAUGUUACCGAAACAAAGAUCCAGGUUCUACACGAGUUUUCAAACACAUUUAAUUUUACAUCUAAGUUGCAAAUAUGUAUACACAUGUUUGUUACAUGUUAUUUGAUUCUUGGUAUUUUUAAAAUAACAUUGGCCGC